AUGGUCUCUGUUCAGGAGGCGACAAUGGAUGACAUUCCCCUGCAGGAUGAAAUGGGGAGUGUGGAGUACAGGCUGCUGAUGGUGUAUGCCCAACGCACACGGUCAGCCAGCAAGUUCCAGCACAUAAACCAGGAAGGUGCACAGGCAGAAGCAGACGGGGAGCACACAAUUGCCACCAAUGGGAAUGACCACAAGAGACAUAAAUCCUCUAAAGGCACAAAGAAAAAGAGCAAGUGGCUUAAGCGUAUGACCCCCAAGUGCCUGAAGCCUGAAAACGACAAGAAGAAAAAAAGGAAAUCUCUUGCUGCGAGUAAGUAG